AUCUUAGUGCAUUAUAUUUUGUUCAUCAAUCUAAUGUACCGCAAUUUUAUACAAUGUUGCUCAUCACCACUUAAUACGUUUGAUUUUGAUUAACAAGUCAAUUUAAUUUAAUUUAAUUUAAUUUUGUCUCAUUUAUUAUGUGUGAGUAUUUGGUCGUUUGAUAGGAGUUUGUAAGAAAAACGUGGCAGUGAGCUAUAAAUUACAGAAACGUAAUCAAUCCUUAUUUACCGCACAUCGCCGCCUUUCAUGCAAUUUUUCAUUUUCUUUCAUCCAACCUAAAAAAAAAUCUCAAUCAAUCUCUACCAAAAAAUUCCCAAACCAACCAAACAAUACCCUUCUUUUUUCUCUCACAAAAUUUUCUCGAGAAACUUCCAGAUAAUAAUGGAAUCUACACCGGUGAAUUGGGAAGCUCUUGAUACUCUCGUUAUCGAAUUCGCCAAAUUGGAAAAUCUGAUCGAAGAUUCUUCUUCUUCACCUUCUCCUUCAUCUCCUUCUUCUUCCUCUUACCACUCGCGUCUCAUCAUUCGUCAGAUCAGACGCUCCUUAGAAACCGGUGCAAUUGACGCCGCCGUCGAUCUCCUCCGUCUCCACGCUCCUUCAAUUCUUAACGAUCACAGGAUUCUCUUCCGUUUGCAAAAACAGAAAUUUGUUGAGCUUCUUCGGAAAGGAACGAGUGAGGAUCGUGAUUCUGCUAUUGAUUGUUUGAGGACUUCUCUUGCUCCUUGUGCACUUGAUGCUUAUCCGGAAGCAUAUGAGGAGUUCAAGCAUGUUUUGCUCGCAUUUAUUUAUGAUAAGGAAGAUAAGACCUCUCCUGUGGCAAAUGAGUGGUCUGAAAGGAGGCGGCUCGAGUUAGCUGGAUUUAUGUCUUCUAUGUUAAGAGCUCAUUUAAAUGCUUAUGAUCCAGUUUUUUCGAUGGCCCUGAGAUAUUUGAUAAGUAUACACAGGGCAUAUUGUUUACGUCAAGGUAUUACAUCACCCAUCUCAGACCUGACUGAAAGAUUACUCCUUGAGGAACGUGAUCCACCUGCAACACCACAGGACAUAUUAUAUGAAGUACCACCAUUUGAUGAGGUGGACAUACAGGCUUUGGCACAUGCUGUAGAGCUUACCAGACAAGGGGCAAUAGAUAGCUUAAGAUUUGCCAAGGGUGAUCUAUUCCUGGCAUUUCAGAAUGAAUUGUGUCGGAUGAGAUUGGAUGUCCCAUUCCUUGAUCAACUUGUUCGUGAGUAUUGUGUCUACAGAGGCAUUGUCGACUCUGCAACUGAGAAACAACAUAUGCCAGAACCUGUAAAAUCCAACCAACAAGACCCUGGCUAUUGCUCAUCAAGAGAUUGUUCUCUCGAGCUGGAUUGUAAUACCAGUAAGCAUUCUGAUGGUGAAACUUCCGUUACCAAUGCUCAGAUGGAUGGUUCUCCUGAAAAUAAUGCUGAUGUGACGAGCAUGCAAGGAAUAGAUUAUGAAGUACGAUGUGCUUCUGAGCUUGCAAGUAUUCAUGAAGACUGUAGCACCAGUGGAUCACAGCACCUUGAAGAUCCAAGUGGUUUGCAUCGAAGCAGAUUGCCUGGAAAUGGAGAAAGAGCAAAGCGUAAGCGAUGGAGAGGACGAUAUGAUGACAAUAGUUACAUGGCGAAUUCUUCUUCGGAAGAGCACAAGCAGCAAGAACAUAGCAUAAGUACCACUGUUUCAACUUUAUCAAAGGAAAAACAGGGAUCUGAAAAGCUUUCUGUACUUGAUGUUAGUAAUGUGGAGGAUAAAUAUGAGAUUCUGUUGGGCAUGAAGGAAUUAGCUAGCAAAGGGAUGGCUGCUGAAGCAGUUGAAGAAGUCAAUACUAUUGAUCCAAACUUCUUUGGCCAGAACUCUGUUUUGCUCUUCCAACUCAAGCAGGUUGAAUUCCUCAAGUUGGUCAGUUCUGGUGAUUAUAAUGCUGCUUUAAAGGUUGCUUGCUCCCAUUUGGGUCCUUUAGCUGCUAGUGAUCCUGCUUUAUUAAAGCCUUUGAAGGAAACUCUAUUGGCUUUACUGCGACCAAAUCAAGAUGCUCUUGGAAAUGCAUUACCUCUACAUGCCCUAGCUGCUUCUCUCCAGGUUGCAGUUGGUCGGAGGCUUGGAAUUGAAGAACCUCAACUCAUGAAAAUAAUGCGAGCCACACUUUAUAGUCAUAAUGAGUGGUUUAAACUUCAAAUGUGCAAAGAUCGUUUUGAAGGUCUUUUGAAGAUCGAUUCCUUGAAGGAAGCUAAUACUCCCUUCCUUGCUCCAGUAUAUACGUCCAAGUCAUGUGCUGAUAGCUGCACAAAUGGAUCUUCUCAGGUUACAGUAUCUUCAGGCACCAAAAUGUCAGAGGAUGGUAGCAGUCCAACCCAAGAGUCUUCCAGGGAUGUCAUCUGUGAUGAAAAUGCAAUACUCAAAGUAAUGGAGUUUUUGGCUUUGCCGAGGGCCGAUGCUAUCCAUCUGCUUGGCCAAUACAACGGAAAUGCGGAGACAGUAAUUCAGCAGAUAUUUGCAUAGGCAUUAUGUAGGCAAUGUGGAAGGAGAAUCAAGUUUAUUAAAAUGCAGACAAGCUAAAUUACUUUUCCAAUAUAAUUUUAUUUAAACUUGUGAAAUUCUUUAUACCACGUGUAAAUGUGCAAAGAGGAAGUUGUCACGUAACGUUUGAAAUCUGAAUUUGACAUGAUCUUAUUCUCUGUACAGAAAUGAUUUAUAUUCUCAGUUUUAGUAUGAGAAAUUUGUAAGUAAUACAGAAAUGAUUGGUGUGCUUGAAUGUUUCAUCGAACCCCGGUCAAUCCACUUGUGUGUGUGUGAGUUUUCAAUGA